CAACAACCAGCGGAUGUAACUUCCUGCUAGCAGUAGAAUCCAUGUAAAACUCUUGUUUAUUGUUAGGUUUGGACAUUUCUGAGUUGAUUUAAUCAUCCUUAUGUGUUGUAAACAUGCCGUACAAACUACAACGCUUCUCGCAGUUUUCUCUUAGUUUUGAAAGGCCGUUUAUUCCCGGAAACAACAGCAGCUUCGGGUAUUAGCUUAGCCUGUUAGCUGGAACCUAAACAGUCACACAGAGGAAGAGAGAGCCGCUUUGGAGGACAGACUGGAAAUCUGGUGGAGUUAACGGGGAGAAAGGUUUCUGCCGUGUUGGUGUGAAAACAUCAGCAAACAAAGAUGGAGGACCGGACACGCGGAGAGCAGACGGACUCUCGGUUUCAAGACAUCCAGCAGCUGAUGCUGACAAAAGAGGAACUUCCUGCUGAGGAGGAGAACUGGACUCUCUCACCAGACCAGAACCAAAACCGCCCUGAAAUUAAAGAGGAACAGGAAGAGACGAAGAUUCUAGAGUUCAUAUUCAACCCCGUCCCUGUGAAGAGCGAGGAUGAGGAGGAGAAACCUCAUCUCUCAGAGCUUCCUGACUGUCACACUGAGGAAAUCAGAAACUUGCCAGAACCAGACGAAUGUUUAGAAUCAGAUGAUAAAGACGAAACUUCAGGUUCUUCAGAAACAGAUGUCAGUGAUGGAAACUGGGAGGAGAACGAUAGAGCUAAGCCAGGAUUGGACCCUGUUAUAAAUAUAUUAUCUGUCACUGAUAUUGUGUAUGACACAGGUAAGAAGCUACACAGCUGCACUGAAUGCAGUAAAACUUUUAACCAAAAGUCAGAUGUUUUGAGGCACAGCAGAAUUCACACAGGAGAAAAACCUUUCAUUUGCUCCAUCUGCAACGCAACUUUUUCUUGGAAGCACGUCUUGGCUCAACACAUGAGAACGCACAGUGGAGAAAAACCCUUCAGCUGCUCCAUCUGUGGUCAGCGGUUUGGAAGGAAGAUACAUGUCACAUCUCAUAUGAGAAGUCAUACUACAGAAAAACCUUUCACCUGCUCCAUUUGUGAACAAAAGUUCAGCCGGAGAGAAAGUGUGACGCGGCACAUGAGACGUCACACUGAAGAAAAACCUUUCAGCUGCUCUGUUUGUGGGCAAGAGUUUGGCAGGAAGGAAAGUCUGACCUAUCACAUGACUCAUCACACUGAAGAAAAACCAUACAGCUGCUCCGUCUGUAACAAAGCUUUUACUUUGAAAAUAACUUUAAUGGAGCACACGAGAAUCCAUUCAGAGGAAAGACGAUUCAGCUGUUCUGUCUGUGGUGCAGCUUUUAAAAGAAAAUAUACUUUAGCAGAACACACAAAAAUCCACACUGGAGAGAGACCUUACAGUUGCUCUGUUUGUGGACAAAGUUUUGUUCAACUUAUUAGUCUAACUCGUCAUAUGAGAGGUCACACGGGAGAAAAACCUUACUGCUGCUCCACCUGCAACAAGACGUUCAAAUGGAAACAGACUUUUCUGACACACAUAAAAAUACACCGUGGUGAAUAAUUUUCAUCCUGUGAACAGACUCUAAACAUCCACGAAGGUCAGACAAAGUCUGGUCAUGUUUUCUGUGGCAGACGAACUCACGAUGAAUCUGCCGUGUUUAAUAUUGAAAUACCACAGAAAUAAUCAUGUCAUUUAUAUCAAAAGAACAGACAAAAAAUAAACUAAUUAAAACUUUUCCAUGUGUGCCAGUCAGUUAAGUUUGGUGAGUAUUUAUAUAUGUAUUAAUUUUAAUUAAAAUUAAUUUAAUUUUAAUUAAAUUUAAAAAAAAAUAAUGUAUAAAUUUUUGAUCUACCCAACUGUUAAACGUUUGUGUAACUAAAAUUUGUUUUUAUUUUGAAUUCAAAUCAUACAUGUUUGUUGUAGAUUUUAAUUAUUGUAAUUUAUUUUGCUUCAUUCUGACAUUAUUUAAGCAUUCAACUUUGGUUCCUGAAGCAUCUACAAUACUCCUGCCCAACCCCUUAACUGCAGACCAAUCACAUUAUCUGUAGCAGCAAUAGCCUCGCCGUCUGAGUUUGACAAUUUCAUACGAAAUUAAUACAUGAUGUGAUGCAACAAAUCUAUGUAAAAAUAUAAAUAGAACAGAUUCCUGUUUAAUUGCAGGUUGUUUUUGUCCUAAAAUGAAAGCGUUGGAAGUUUGUAAUUAAAUAAUGUUUUCAGCAUAUUUAAAAUGUUCCCUUUUUUAGAUGCAUCCUUACUCCAGCAGACCAGGAUCAGCUCUGAACAGACCUGCUGACCAGCCAUUCAUUUGAUUCGGGUGUGUUGGAGCAGGGAAGCACCUGAACGUUGCAGGAUUGUAUUUCUCGAGGACUGGACUUGAGCUCCCCUGAUCUAGAUAUUCUUAAAGACUUUGUGGUACAGAUGAUGAAACAUAUUAAGAUUAUUAAACCAACAUAUAUAUCUUAACAUAGCGCAGGUAAAACUUUCAAUGUUUUCAACAAAAAUAAAGUUCUCCGAUGACGAUAGAUUUACUUUGGUUAUUUGACCACUAGAUGGCAGCGUAACUCAAUCUAAAAAACAAAUCUGGCACGUUACUGUCUCCAAAACCUAUUUGGGAGCUUUGUGAUAUUUUCAGUCAAAAUAGAGCUUAAAGAAUAACAGAACAACUAUGUAUUUUAAGCAUUUCAUGAAUUAAUUUCCAUCCAACCAUACAGUGGUAUUGGUGUUCUUUCACUUAGUAUGAACCUUAAAAGUAAUUUACUUAAAAUCUCUUUGAAUAUUGUGAUUAAAUAAUUUAAUUUUUAUGUGUAGAAUUGUAGCCUAAUGUUAAAUGUACAGACACUGAAGCGCCUUUUACAGGUUUCGUCGGGCGGGAUACAGAUCGGGCUUUUAUUUUGAAGGCUAAUAUGACCCGCUCGCUACCGGAAGUUAUUGUCUCCUAGCAGCAGUUGCUAGUGAGCGAUAAAAGUAUUGUUUCCUUUACCCAUUUUACGUUUUCAUGUGUUGUCAACAUUUUAGAGUCUUUUAAACAUGCUUUGAAAAUCACAGGAGGUUUUAUCGUCUGUGAGGAGUAAAUAUUUUUGUUGUUGUUUGUCUUGGUUUCCUCGGAGUGUUAGCAUCUUCCGUUAGCUGGAAACAGACAGUCAGCGAUUCAGAGACGCUUUGGUGGAGAACAGACCGUUUCUGGUGGAGUGUGAGGAGGGGAAGGUUUCUGCUGUGGCCGGGUGAAACCCAAAGAAAUGAAGCGAAACAAUGGAGGAACCGACACACGGUGAGCAGAUGGACUCCGACUUUCAUGACGUCCAGCAGCUGACGGUGGUUAAAGAAGAGCUUCCUCUUGAGGAGGAGAACUGCAGUCCCAGACCAGACCAGGAGGACCAGAAGCCUCCACAGAUUAAAGAGGAGCAGGAGGAGAACGAGAUCACAGAGUUCAUAUUUGAUCCUGUAUCUAUAAAAAAUGAAGACGAUGAAGAGAAACCUCAGCUCUCAGAGCUUUAUCACGACCAGAAGGAGCUGAACAGAGAAGAUACAGGAGCAGAACCAGAUGAAUGUUUGGAAACUGACGAGGAAGACAAAGCAUUGGGUUCUUCAGAGACGGACGUCAGUGAUGGGAACUGGGAGGAGAGCAGCGAAGCUGAAUCCGGUUCAGACUCUGUGAGAAACAACAAAUCUCCUGUAAGUGAUGGAAACUGUGAGAGAGAUGACAAGCUUCACAUCUGUGGUGAAUGUAGUAAAGCAUUCAAACGCAGAUCAUGUUUGGUACGACACAAUAGAAUCCACACAGGAGAGAAACCCUUCAGCUGUUCCAUCUGUAGCAAAUUGUUCACAUGGAAACGAGGCUUGGUUAUACAUAUGAGAACGCACAGUGGAGAAAAACCUUUCAGCUGCUCGGUCUGUGGUCAAAGGUUCUCAAGAAAGGAGUCUGUGACCUCUCACAUGAGAUGUCACUCAUCAGAAAAACCUUUCAGCUGUUCCAUUUGUGGGAAAAAGUUCAACAGGAAGGAAAAUGUUCUUCGGCACAUGAGAUGCCACACUGAAGAAAAGCCGUUCAGUUGCUCCAUUUGUGGACAAAAGUUUGGCAGGAAGGAAAGUUUAAGCUAUCACAUGACACACCACACUACGGAGAAACCCUACAGCUGUUCUGUCUGUAACAAAGCUUUUACUCUGAAAGUAACUUUGAUGGAACAUACAAGAUUUCACACAGAGGACAGACCAUUCAGCUGCUCUGUCUGUAAAACUGCUUUUAAAAGAAAAGCCUAUCUGACAGAGCACCAAAAAAUUCACACUGGAGAGAAACCUUUCAGCUGUUCAGUCUGCGGCCGAAGCUUUCGUCAGUCUAACAGCCUGAAGCGCCACAUGAGAAGUCACACAGAAGAAAAACCUUUCAGCUGCCCCGUCUGUCAGGCAACAUUCAAAUGGAAAAGUGCUUGUGUAAAACACGUAAAAAAUCACACAGGUGAAUAACCAGUGAAGUAGAGAUGCAGCGUCUUGCAAAUGUAUUCAUACCCAUUAAAAUUUCCCACAUUUUCUAAUGCUACAACAACAAACAGCAGUCCAGGGUUUUCAUUAAACCAACAAAAAGUAGUGAAUAAUGGUGUGGUGGGAGGAGAAUGAUUGUUUUUCAAUAUCAUUUUAUCAGUUAUUGCAAUCGGUUGAUGGUAUUCAUUGCUACUAUGGGUGGAACAAGCAGUGAUUAGGUUUUUAUGAAAUCUGUAGCAGAUGAUGUUUGGAAGAUGGAUGGACAAAAAAUGUGGGCGUGGGAUGAAAGUGCAUCGCUCAGUAAAUCUGAAUAUUAUUUAAAAAGUUCCUUUCAGUGACUUAACUUUAAAUGAAACACAUUAUAUAAAUUAAUUACACACAAACAGAUGUUUUUAAACUUUUAUUUCUUAAUUAGAAUGAUUUUUAAUUUUAAACCAAAGGAAAUGUAGCAUUUCAGAUUAAAAUACUAUAUUAAAUUAACAAAAAACACUUUUAAAACAGAAAUGUUGUAACAAAUUAUGUUUAAUUUCGGAUUAAAGGUUGUUUUCAAAGCAUACUUUAAUCUGACAGACGAGCCUCAUAGUAAAUAGGCAGUUUUAUGGCUGAUUACCAAUUUUAGCUGAUGCCAGUUUCUGUUGUCUGAAAAGUAGCUAAAUGUAGCAACAAAAUCUCUAACUGCGCACGGUUAGCUUUUUGAUUCGGUGGUGUUGUUGCAGGAAUGUAGCCAAAAAUUUGCAGGACAGCAAAACACAAAGGCUACAGUUGUAAAGGCUUUAAAUUGUUGUAAUGUUUCAAAGUGUCCCAGUGAAAAUUCAGACAUGGGGUUAACUGAGAAUGUGUGUUGAAAAUUGAGAUUCUCUGUCCAAUCUUACAGAGAUGAGCUUUAUUGUUUAACCAUAAAGACUCAUUUUUACUUUACAUGAAAUGCAAGAAAAAACAGAUGUUUGUGGUUUCAAAGUGACAAAAAUGUGAAAAAUUCAGGGGUGUGAAUAUUUUUUAUGCAAAGUGUAACAAUUUGCCCUGUUUGGAUUUUGUUGUGACUCUUUAAUUGAUGUGUAGAAUUAAAUAAACUCUGCUGCAUGUCUGA